AUGUCGCCGGCGGCGGCGCCGCCGCUGGAAGACGAAAACCUACUCUCCGAGAUCCUCCUCCGCCUCCCCCCGCUGCCGUCCUCCCUUCCCCGCGCAUCCGCCGUCUGCAAGCCCUGGCGCCUCCUCGUAUCAAACCCCGGCUUCGUGCGCCGCUUCCGCCGCCACCACCGACGCAGCCCUCCCCUCCUCGGCUGCUUCGUCCUAGACCGGGGAGGCGUCUCUUUCACACCUACCAUGGAUUCCACGGAUCGUGUCCCCGCCGGGCACUUCUCCUUGCAGCUCGACGACGGCAACCGCUUCUGUCUCCUCGGCUGUCGCCAUGGCCUUGUGCUCAUCUCCAACGAUACACGGAAGCAAGUCUUGGUGUGGGACCCCGUCACCGGCGACCAGCACCACAUCGCCUUUCCCCCAUGCUUCGACACAUACCCGAUUCAUGGGGCGGUGCUUCGUGCUGCCGGCGAGGUGGACCCCUUCCAGGUGGUCCUGGUACAGGUCGUAUGGGACGAAGAGCAUUUGCGAGUGCUCGCCUGCGUUUACUCGUCAGAGACCGGCGGAUGGGGUAAUCUUAUCUUAAUACCAAUUCCAUCAUCGGUUUAUUGUGCGGGCAUGCCAGCCGUGUUGGUUGGGAAUUCCUUCUACUGGCGUCUUGCUGGGUGUUUUUGUGCUAUUCUCGAGUUUGAUUUGGAGAGGCAAAGCUUAGCUGUGAUACAAGUGCCAGUUGGUGAGGAGAAUAGCUUCACUGUUAUGCGGGCCGAGGGUGGUGGGCUAGGUUUACUCUCGGUGUCAGGCUUCACCGCCCAAUUAUGGAAGAGGGAGAUUGAUUCUGAUGGUCUUUCAUCAUGGGGGAUGGGAAGAACUAUUGAACUGGACAAGCUACUUUCCCUGAAUCCAGAGAAGGAGAGAGUGCCCCCGAGAAUACAUGGGCUUGCUGAGUACAAUAAUGUGGUGUUCCUGACUAGAGGUGAUGGAAGUGUCAUCAUGCUGCACCUUGAGUCAUUGAAAUUCAAGAAGUUUCAUGGGAUUGUCAAAGGUUUAUAUCAUCAUCAAUUCGAAAGUGUCUAUUCUGCAGGCACCAGCAUUGGUGGUGGACAUGAUGGAGCUGAGCUUUUGCACAAUUCAUAAGAUGAUUGUCUGGGUAGAUAUGCUAUUAUGUUUUUUGGUUGAGCGGGUA